CGGGUGGUGGUAAACAUUACUCCGUGUUCCUGUUUACGUCUGGCUGAAAUUUCAGGAAAGAGAAGACGACAGUGACGGUGCAGCCUGAUCCGCGCCUCAUAAAGAGGUUUAAAAGUGGUAUUUUGCAGUAAAACUUGCAGCACUGCGCCUGCGCUUCUCCUGUCGUCAGACAGGCCGUUUCAAUGCAUUACAGAGAGCCGUUAUCACCGCGGAGAUGGACGCCAGCGACCUGUUCUCGAGCUGCAGAAAGGGCGACGUUGCCAGAGUGAGAUACCUGGUUGAACAGAGAGAUGUGGAACUGAACAUAAGAGAUAACUGGGACAGUACACCUCUGUACUAUGCAUGCCUCUGUGGACAUGAGGAGUUGGUGCAGUAUUUGUUGGCCAAUGGAGCGAAAUGUGAAGCGAACACGUUCGAUGGUGAGCGAUGUCUAUACGGCGCUCUAAGUGACUCCAUACGCCGCCUGCUCAAGGAGUACAAGCGCAUCACGGCUAAAACCAUGCAGCGGGAUUACUACGAGCAGUUCCUGCAGACGCUGCUGGAGCAGGGCUCAUACAGCGAUGUGACGUUCAUGGUGCACGGCGAGAUGUUCCGCACACACCGCUGCAUCCUCAGCGCCCGCUCCGAAUACUUCGCCCACAUGCUGGAGACCAAGUGGAGGGGCAAGACCAUGAUCGCUCUCAAACAUCCACUGGUGAACCCAGCUGCGUUCGCCGCCAUCCUGCAGUACUUCUAUACUGGUCGGCUGGACAUCGACGUGAGUUACGUGGAGGACUGCAAGCGUCUGGCCAAGCAGUGCAAAAUCAGCGAGCUCAUCGAGGAGCUGGAGGUCAAGUGCAAGCAGGUGCAAGAGUUUGUGUCCAAUAAGCCGGGGACGUGCGUGAAGGUGCUCACUCUGGAUCCUCACGACUGGCAGCUGCAGGACGGCAUGGCUCUGUUAGCCGACAGCGCUCUCCCCGCUGAUCUGAGGGUUGGAUACGGGCAGCUUCCUUUUGAUUUGACUGACAGUUUUCCGAGCUACCCUGACAUCUGCUUCCGGGUGGACGGUUAUGACUUCCUGUGUCAUAAGGCAUUUUUCUGUGGCCGUAGUGAUUACUUUAAGGCAUUGGUGGAAGAUCAUUUCAGUGAGGGAGAAACCCUGCAGUCUCUCCCCGAAGUUCCUGUCAUCACCCUACAUGAUGUAUCUCACGAGUUAUUCACCAAAAUCCUCUACUACAUCUACAGUGAUAACACACAGCUGUCCCAUGAUAGCGUGUAUGAGGUGCUGUGUGUAGCAGACAUGUACCUGCUGCCGGGUCUAAAGCGUCUGUGUGGCCGCACCCUGGCCGCGCUGCUCAGUGAGGAAAACGUUCUGCACAUGUGGAAGACGGCCAAACUGUUCAGCCUGUCACGCCUCGAGGACCAGUGCACAGAGUACAUGGCCAAGAUCAUCGAGAGGCUGGUGGAAAGGGCGGAGUUUGCAGAGCUAAUCCGAGAGGAUGCUGCGAGCGUGGCGGCGCGCCAGGAGACGGACUCCAUCCCGCUGGUGGACGAUAUCCGCUACCACAUCAGCAGCAGCGUUCAGACGUACAGCGCCAUCGAGGAGGCCAACCAGAAAGUGCAUGCUCUCGAGCUCCUGCUCAACUACAUCGGCCUGGACUGCUGAACACACACGCAGGCUGACGCAUAGGAUAACACAAUGUGACGUUACGGCUUUAUUUAUGCUUUCUGUGCACCUGAAAUGAGUAGCAUUCAGUUAACAGUAACAGCCGGGUAACAGCCUGAUAUUUAACUCGCUCUAAUAUACAACCAUGCUGAGUGAAGUUUAUUAAAAGCUUUAAGUAAGUUUACUUAUUGUUUUUACUUUAGAUUAGAUUCUGUUAUUAUUAACCUGAACAAGAACCAGUCAAAUAUUUUUUGUGUAUCCGUUUAGCAUGGUUACAUAAUAAUACAGUUACAGUGAAGUGAGGUAUGGGCUGCACAAUAAUGCCUAAAAUAUUAAUUUGUUACAAUUAUUUAAGCAGUUUAGGAACAAAAUAGCUUUACUGCAACGUUUUGAAUAAUCAGAAAACAAAUUAAUUAUCUGUCGCAUUGCACUUUAUAAGCCUUUAUAUAUUCCUACAGAUGCAAAAAAAAAAGAAGAAGAAAAAAAUGCAAUUAUGAGCAAAUGAAUAAUUUUUGAACAAUGAUCUAUCCUGAUCCAAAUGAAUAAAUAAAUACGUAAAUAAAUAGGUCACUGGAAAGAUGUGAAUUAAUGCAUCUAAAACUUAUACUUAAUGUUAACCAAUUAUCUUUAGCUAUACUGACCAACAUUGGAGUUAAUUAUGUUGAAUUAAAUGAGGAAUCUGAAAGUCUUGAUCAUUUUCUGUGCAGCCAUAACGUUAAUGCCGUAAUAUAAUAACAUUACGCAAAAGUGCUUUCUUUUCUUCAUCAGAUAGUGAAGUCAUUCGUAAAAAGACUUAAAAGCUUACCUGCAGGAUUGGCAGAGUGCUAUUAGUUAGAAACUAUGAUACAGUGAAAAACAUAUAGAUUACGUUAAUUUAAAAGACGUUUAGGUGAUCGUAUAAAUACAAAAAAUACACAAAAAUAAGCCAUUAAAGCAUAUAUAUGUGAGGAGCUUGUUACGUAAUGCACCAAUCAGUAAUAACUGACAUCUGAUUGGAGCUAACCAGCAAUUUUAGCUAAGCUCACUAAUAAUAAGAACUAUAUUAUGUUGACGUAAAUGCACUUAUCUGUUCAGCCCUAGACAUUAGAGUUUACCUACAGGAUCAGAAAUGUGUUAUUAGAUACAGAUUAGGAUUCAGUGCAAAAUAAAGAAAUUAUGUUUAUUUAAGACAGGUUGAUCUGUUACAGUGAGAUCUCGUAUAAUACAAUGUUUGGCUUCUGCACUUAUGAGCUGAAAUAAUUUCUGGAAAAGAAAAGAGGUCUCCAAAUUAAGAGAUGGGUUUGUGACACGCUUUCGCCGAUGUGUUGACUGAGUGAUGGGAUUGUGUGUGUUGUGAUCAGAGCUGGAGUUAUCAAGCUUUAUCUGUGAUUAUAAUACAUCUAACUAUGUGUAGGUGUAUAAGUCUGAAUGCAGUCCUCACUGGCCUCUUCAGGUCACAUUUUAGUUCUGUCACAGCUUUUGCACGCUUGUCUGUUGUUACCUGUCUCAGGUGUGUUAGGAUCUGGACAGAGCAAAAACAUGGAUGUUAUUCAGACUGGCCUGGCAAAAUUUGUUUUAUCUCAAUUUUUAGACCUUAGAAUUAUAAGUUUCUGACAAUUUUUCCUUCAAAAAUGAGUUAAUAUCUUAUUAAAUAGUCAUUUAAUAUAUUAUUUACAUUCUGGUAAAUAUUUGCAAGUGGCUUAUUUGUUGAAUUCCUGAUUCUCAAUUCUGAUUGGUCGAUUGAUUGAUUGAUUGAUUGAUUGAUUUUAACAUUUUAACAUUAGUGCAGGCUGUAAUUCAAAUCACAGGUUGGUGUUAAUGCGCUCAUUUUAAUUCGUUAUCAUUUCUACAGUAACAAUUUACACAGGGACUUGUAACACAAAAAAACAAAUAAAAUCGAUAUGUUGAAGUUUUCUGUAAGGAAAUGUUUAUUUAGCAUUUAUGGAAGGAGUCUACAGUGUUGUACGUUUUUGGACACAGCAAAGACUUCAGGGUGGAGGACUUUGUGUUUUGCGACCAUUCUUUAAUGAAUAAAUAAUUGCAAUAUUUGGCAAAUUGCUGUGAUAGAAGAGGAAUAAAACAAUUUGAGACAAGCUGUUAUUGGAAAGUAAUAAAUGUAUUAAAAUCACAGAAUUGUCAGAACCUUAUAAUUUGUUUAACUAACAUUAUUUAGUUAACAUGAACCUUAUAAAUCCAAGGUCUUGAUUUAUUAAGCUGUGCAAUAUUAUAUAACAGUCUUACAUUUGAGAUGUUUAUCUGGGUCUGGUGCUAAGCUUUUGUUUUACUUUAGUGGUUUUAUUUAUUUUUUUUAAUAGUUCUUCAGUAUCACUCUGUGGUCGUUUCAAAGAAACAGUGUAGCAUGAAAAAUGAAAUUUACACCCUCGUCCAAAUGUAGUAGACCAGCUGAGGCACUUUUUCCCCCUUUUUUCCACUGGGGUUAUGAGUCUAAUGUUGCUAAGAAGUAAGACCCACCAGUUUAAUCUCAUGUAAACUGCAUGAAACAUCACACACUUGCCUCAAAAUACUUUUUCUGGCUCAGUAAUACAGUUUGUUGAUGUACAAUUUAAUGAAAUGGCAUGAGAUGUCUUGCCUGUUUAAUAACAUAAGUUAAGAAACCACAUAAGCAAGUCUGUUUAUGAGCAGUGCUAAUCUGGUAGCUAUUAGGUCUCCUUAGUUGUUAGCAACAUUAGCCUUUUAGAUGAAGUAAACGUCAUAAGGCUGAUUGACUACACUGGGAAGAGUAACAGUGUGUAAAUUAAAUUCUUCACUAAACUCUUUCUUGAAAAGUCCAGACUAUAAUGUCUCAUUGGCUUUGUUUUUGUAUGUGUGUGUGUGUGUGUGUGUGUGUGUGUGUGAGAGAGAGAGAGAGAGAGAGAGAGAGAGAAAGAAUGAGUGUGCUGGAGGUUAAUAGUGUGUCCAAGGACAGUUUUGGUCCAGAGUUGAUGCAGAAUGCGCACUAAUUCCUCAAUAGCAGUAAUAUUUUCACACUGGCAUGAAAUUAGUUUUGUGUGUAUAAAAACAGAAUGCAUAGAAGCAAAUAAAUAAGUGUUAUAAAAAGCAAA